AUGGCUUCAGCAACUCCCCAGGCCCUUACGCUUGCAAAGGAAAAAGUUGCUAGGCUCAAUGCCGCGGAGAAACAGGAAACAAUACUGUUCACGCUCAAAAACAAAAAACCUCUUGAUUUCUCCUACACCGACCCCAAAACGGGCAAUCGGACCACAAUCACUGUAAACCCAGACGACAAACCGAAACUUAAAGUUUGGAUUCAUCGCGCAGAUUAUGACCGAACUCGACAAUCCGAUCUUGAUAUCCCCCCCGAGAUCGCUUUUUUCAUGGUGCGCUUCAAGAAGACCCAUGAUUGGGAGGUACAAGGCCCAGAAUCCUCCAGUAGGGUUUCCAGAUCUGAUUUGGUCGUUCGUGAGGAAGACAACUUGGAAGUCAAACGGUCGUAUGUCCUAUCACGACCUUGGAACUAUAUCUAUCCUACUUCCGAUGGGAACAAAACGAUCCCUUUACCGAAGGGAAAGACCGUUUAUCUCAAGACUGGGCCGAUGUCGUCAACUACUAGCACAGUAAAACCGACUUACAAAGGGGGAAUGUACUAUACGUGCAAAGCCCCCAUUCCCCAUACCGAGGACGUCGUCUACGCGUCUGUCAGCUGUCUGGGCGAUCACGUGCCAGUGUGGUCACUCUUGUUGACACGCCCACACACACCCACAACUGCCUACGACGGGCUGGCCAGGAUAAGAAUGCCCUACGACCCCCUGGUGCCAAUCUUUUUCGCUGUUGACCAAGACAACCCAUUCAACGUUGACCUCAAAGCUCGUUUAGCUUUUUGGCGCGCAAAAGACGGAUUUCUUCAAACGCAUGGCUUCCAACUAUACGACAUUUCUGAAGUAGGCACAUCAUCUUUUGAGUCCAAACCUCGUGGAAUGCCGGGGAACUUGAAUGAGGGCUACCCUUAUGCUACUUUCGACAACGUUUCGCAAGUUGAUAAUACCGACGACAGUGUACCCUCCGGGCUUGCUGUCUAUGUAAAUGACUCUCAGCAGCGACACUUGGUGGUCAAAUUAAUUCGAGAUGGUUCUCAAGAGCAUCGUAGUCUUCAAAGGGUCAUGACGCACCAACGACUGACGGGCGAAUUUAUCCCGGGACUUGUCCCGAAUCUCGACCUCAUCCCAUUCGAUAAUCAUUGGCUCUUAGUAAUGCCACGAUGGGGCGCAGCCUAUGGCUGCAACGCCUGGUUUGCUUCUGUGAAAUGCUUAUUAGACUUUGUGGAGGAAAGCCUCGAAGGAGUGGUAUUCCUUCAUCAGCACAGGAUCGUUCAUAGGGACCUGGCUUCCCAUAAUCAGUUUGUCAACCAUGUAUCGCCAUCUGGAGCGAGUAUUUCAUCUCAACCAGAAAAUCGGCUACGUUUGCAAAGCGAAAACUUUCUCCGAUACGGCUGGCUGGAUUUCGGCUACUCUGUCGCUCUCCCUGAAGAUGUGGCGUUGGAAGAUUGUCGUUUUCCUUGGGAAGCUUCCUUCGCAGGUGCUUACGAUGUUCCACCUGACCUAUGGCAAGGAGAGUACCUGUAUAAUCCCUUCGCGUUUGACGUCGGCACGCUGGGAAUUUUCUUCUGCACUCACUUUCAGCAUCUGACGCCUCAAAUCCAUCUCCUUGCCCCGCUUCUAGAUGGGAUGACGCACCCCAAUAUUGGCUCGCGGUUAACUGCACAGAAAGCAUUGGAGUUGCUUCGGCAGCUCAGAGAUCGGCUUACCAAAAAGCAGCUUGCUGCGCAGUGUUCGCGAUUGGAAAGGGUCGUCCACUUCGAGGACUUCGAUCGCUGGAGGUCUCUACCUGCCGACUUCGUAGAAAGCUGGUCUCAUUUGCGGUGGUCGCCAAGACCUUCAAUGCUAACACGACUACUCCGACUCAUUUGCGAAUAUCCACGCGUCAUUCGAAUAGUACGGACCGUUCGGUGGGCCAUAGACAAAGUGUUGGCAAGACAUUAUAGCAUAUUCCAAGUACAAUAA